AUGAUGGAAAGAUCUGGUCUAUUAGACCCUGUCAAUGAAGUCUAUUUACUGUCACUUCACCUUGUAUUUCUGCAGGAAAUUAAGAAAUCUCUGGAUGAAUUUACCAGGCAGUGGAAUUACCAUGGCCUUAGCACAGAAGGUGGUUCAUCUCCUCUUCAGCUUUGGACUGAGGGUAUUCUAAGAUCUGCAAAUGGUAUUUUAUCAGAGGAAGAAUUAAUUUGGUAUGGGGUAGAUGAAGAGGAUGCCAUUUCUGUUUCAGAAGAGGAUCAAGAGGUGAUUGUUCCCAGCAGUAACAUACCUUUGAGGGAAGAUCAGCUGGAUUACCUUCACUCCCUAGUACCCACAAACCUAACAAGGAGUGAACGAAUCUCUAAGUAUGUUGAGCUUGUGGGUGUUGUUAAUGAGAUGCUUUAA